AUGGUCACUGCGUUGAAGGGCCGAGAAAAAGAAUUCGACACGAUUUGUGACAAUGUCCGCAAAGCGAUUGCCACCAGUCAGCCCAUUACUUUCUACCUCAGCGGUUUGCCGGGAACAGGAAAAACGGCGACGGUAUACCGAGUGAUUGAAGCGCUUUCCGAUGUCACAACCUCGGUUUUUAUCAAUUGUGCGUCGGUGAAUACUUUGAAAGAUCUCACUACUGCACUCAUCUCCCCCGCCGAGUCGCCGAAAAAGAAGACAAGGGGCCGUCCACCCAGCUUGGCUAAAAUUGCCGAGGCUCUUUCAAAACCAAUGCUCGUGAUUUUGGAUGAGAUUGAUCAUCUCAGCUCUUCAACUUUACUAUAUUCCGUGUUUCGGUGGCCACAAGAAGUAUCAUGGAAGCUUAUUGUGAUUGGUAUUGCCAAUUCGAUUGAUCUGACUGAAAGAUUGCUGCCCAAGCUUAAGCUCACCAUUCCACCAAUUACUCUUCCCUUUGCACCAUACAAUAAGGAUCAAUUAAAAGAUAUCAUUGCUGAAAAGUUGCAAGACGAGAAUUCAAUGGACAAGACUUCUCUUGAAUUGUGUGCAAGGAAAAUUGCAGCUGUUAGCGGUGAUGCCCGAUCGGCUGUGCGUGUGAUCAAGCAAGCAAAAAGUGUUACGGCGACACCUACGACGCGCGAGGUAUUGGGCGUACUGAACUCGGUCUAUGCAUCACCACUUUCACGUGCUCGUCUUCCCCUUCAAUCACAAGUCUUAUUGGCCGUUUGUCUGCGCAUAAGCAACAACAAGAAGACGGCUCUCACAAGAUUCGCCCUCUACAACGCUUAUUCAAAAGCCUGUACAGAGCUUAACAUUCCCGCCGUAAAGGGUGAUGAUCUCGAGACGGCGUGGGGAAACAUUGAAUCACAAAGUCUUGCAUCUGUCGAUAAAGCUGGAAGGAUUCGACUACAGAUCGACGCUUCCACUGCUCGCUCAGUCAUCGCCAAUAGUCACAUGAUUUCACAAAUUGAUGAUCUCAACUUG